AUGGGACAGGGGAUUCAUGGAAGGAAUGGAGUCGACAAUAGAAAACUGAGAAAUGGAGGAAGAUUUUGGUCGAAUGGCAAGGAUGAAAACCACCUAAUCAAUGGUCAUGGUGAUAGAAAUGGUUGUUUCACGCUGUUCAUUGACAACUUACAGGAGAAUCUUUAUUGGAAGGGGCUUUGGGCCAUAUUUUGCUCUCAUGGAAAUGUGAUUGAUGCCUUCAUUCCAACAAAAAGAAGCAAGGGAGGGGCUCAUUUUGGUUUCAUAAGAUUUGCAAUGCUUUUAGAAGCUAGAACUGCAGUAACAAGGUUGAAUGGUGUUUACAUUUAUGGAAGUAGAAUUGGAGUCUCUAUGGCUAAAUACAACCCUCGACAAUCAUAUUGGAGAAAUGUUGCCCCUGAUAUUCUCCGAAGUCAGUCAAGAAGUGCUAAGGAUGCUAUAAGGAAUGACCUUUCUUCGGUAGAAGACGUGAUUGAUGAAAACAAACUUAAAAGUUUUGAGAUAUUAUUUGGUAGGCUGGUGCAAGAACUUUGUUAUAAUUAA